AAUUUGAUAAUCAGUUUGAUAAUUAGGCCAAUUAAGCCAAUCAAAUGUAAAUUACACCUAUAGGCAUAUACUAAAAUGAUUCUCAUCUGACAAACAAUAUAAAUUUAACUAGCACAUGUUCAUUUUAGUUGGCGGAAUCGAAUGAAGAACAAGAUGAAAAAUGAGGUAGAAAAUUCACCACAAUCUUCUUCUGCAAGUGGGCAAAAAUCAACAUCAUCAUCAUCAUCAUUUCCAUUAAGUUUUCGGGAGAUAGCUGGAGCAUGCGGCGUCGUUUUGGGAUUGCUUGGUGGGCUUUUGUGUGUUUACUUUACAAUGCCUGUUUCUGAUUAUAGCUUCCUCAAGCUUCCUAAAACACUUGAAGAUCUUCAAAUCUUAAGAGAUCACCUGGAGAGCUACACAAAUGACUACACCAUUCAGGUUCUGGUGGGAUACUGCAUGGUUUACAUCUUUAUGCAGACUUUCAUGAUUCCGGGAACUGUUUUCAUGUCAUUGCUUGCGGGUUCCCUCUUUGGAGUCUACAAAGGUGUAGCCUUGGUUGUGUUCACUGCUACAGCAGGUGCAUCAUCGUGUUAUUUCCUGUCUAAGUUAAUUGGCCGUCCCCUUGUCUUCUUUCUAUGGCCUGAUAAGCUGAAUUUCUUUCAAUCCCAGGUAGCUAAAAGACGUAACGGGCUGCUGAACUACAUGCUUUUCCUAAGAGUCACCCCAACUUUGCCAAAUACAUUUAUCAAUGUCGCUUCACCAAUUGUGGAUGUACCUUUCCAUAUCUUCUUUUUCGCAACUUCAGUUGGGCUCAUUCCUGCUGCUUUUGUCACUGUCAGGGCUGGAAUAGCCUUAGGCGACUUGCACUCGAUGGGUGACCUCUAUGACUUCCAAUCAAUGGCCACUUUAUUUCUAAUUGGAAUCGUUUCAGUGACACCAACAUUGAUGAGCAACAAAGACAAAACAUAGAUUUUUUUUUUUUCAUUCAAUAUAUUGGACUACUGAUAUGCCAAAAGUUGCUGCGAGCCCAACUUGGCAAUUGGCAUCACAGUUCUGUACAGAUCAGCGAUCACACAAGUCAAUGGUGGUGGAGCUUGGAUUCAGUGUACAGAUAACGUGUUUGAUUCUUCCUGCCCGAGUCUAGUAGUUGGAUCUGCAGGAUGCUUUUCGCCUAAAAGUAUAUCUUUCUGUAUAAUUUUAUAUUAUCUGUUUAAAUCUCGCAUAUUUCAAGUUGUUAACAGAUGUGUCAUCAUAUAACUGAUGUAACCACUGCUCUUUUUCUGUUGUAAAAACAUAAAUCAUAAUGCAGAGAGAAACAUUACUAGAAAGAACUAUUAUAAGUGCC